UCCGUGGAUCUCUUUAAUAUCUGACUGAUAAUAAUCACUGAUUAGGGGGGGGCGGGGGGUCAGGGGUCAUCAGUCAAUCUGAUUUCAUUGAGAUAGGGCGUCUCGACGGAGACGGGGACAUCCGUCGGAUUGAAAAUAAAGUUGAGAGGCACCGGGCCUGCGACGGGCCCGGUUGCCCCCCCCUUUUUCUUUUAUCCGAUUAACUCAGCCCCCUCAGCACUUCUUUUCCAUUUUUUUUUUGGGGAUGUGUUUUGGGGUUGUGGAGGGAUUCCAGUGGAGAUGCCUCGUGGCAGCCAGUGCCCUGGACUCUUUUAUGAGCUUCGGGGAGUUUCGGUGACUCGUGAUGCACGAGACAGAAGGAAAAAAUGCUCAACACCGGGUGAAAAUAUGAAAAUAGGGGUAUGUGAAAAUAGCGGGAAGAACAGGUGAAAUGAACCGAGUGAAAGUGAAGGAGAUAAAUUGAGAAAAUAAAUAAAGAGAAUAAUAAAUUAGUGAUAAUUUCGAAUGGUUGAGGGUGGUAAAAGUGGUAAAAGGGAGAGGCGACGACGAAAGAGACGAAAACCGGAGGAGGUGCGUCAGAGGAGUGCAAAAGUGGCGUCGUUAACGCAUGAGUCCCGGGGGACUCGGACCCGUCGACGUACAAACGGCGGUUCAUUGUCAAGUCGAGGUAGUGCUGGUAUGCAGUGCGGUCUUUGCGCUGUACUCGCUGGAUUAUUCAGAAGGGCAAUGUGCAUUGCGGGUAGUAGAAGAGGAUCUGGUGAAUCUUGCUAUCAGGAAUUGACCACUGAACAACAGGUUAUGAUUGAUCAGAAGACGUGCGAGGUGGGGGUCACUAUCACGAGUGCAACACCCGAGAGAACCUCGUCGUUUACCCACAGAUGUGUACGGGAUGUCAUUCCUGAGACAUCAAGUGCUGAAGUGACUGCUGAUAGCCCCGAGGAUGAUGCACUCUUCGUCCGAAUUUCUG